CACACGAGGAGCUGGUGCCAAAGGGUCAUUUUUGUUUUUGUUGUUUUUUUUUUAAGUGCACCACCGCCAUCGGCAGCGAAAACGAGAGGAAGGUGAUUGCAGGGGGGAUCCUAAAGAAACAUUGACAAGAAAGCAGCAUCCCAGCGCAGGAUUUUGCAGCUUUUUGUUUUUGUUUUUUUUUUUUUUUAAUGCAUUGUGGCUUCUUCCUCCUCCCCCUCCUGCUGCUGCUGCGUGCGUCCAGGUGUUUCUUUCCUCUCACCCCGAAGACGGACAGCGCGCAUCCUCAUCUUAAACUUGUGCACCAACUACCGACGAAGACGAGCUCAUAAAAUAAAAUAACAUUUAAAAAAAAAAAAGGAGGAGUAAGGGUCCGAUCCACCCGCAGCGGACCGACACGACGGUCCGAGCCGACUCCAAGUGCCGUUCACCGGGCGAUGCCAGAGUAAAUGCCGGGGCGAUGUCCCGCCGCAAGCAGGUGAACCCGCAGCACUUGUCGUUGAGCCACCGGGAGACCGCACCAGCCGACGCCAAUGACGCGGCAGCGAGAUCCCCGUCGCCGGCCCCCGCCGCCGCUCUCCGGGGCCCCGAGGAGCACGACCUGCUGACGUGCGGCCAGUGCCAGACCAACUUCCCGCUGGGGGACAUCCUGGUCUUCAUCGAGCACAAGCGCCGCUUGUGCCGCGGCCCCUCGCAGGGGGCGCCGGCCUCGUUCUCUGUCAAGCCCGGGGAGGCGGGCGGCACCGCCAGCAUCCCCAUCUCCCCCCGGGGCCACGCCCUGGAGGUGGGGAGGGGCCCCCCCAUGCUGCCCGUGGAGGUGGGCGUGCAGGUGACGCCCGGCAGGGACGAGGACGCCCACAGGAGGUUGACUCCGGCCAAAGGGAUCUGCCCCAAACAGGAGAAAGGAGAUAAAGACGAGCCAUCCAGCUACAUCUGCACCAGCUGCAAGCAGACCUUCACCAGCGCCUGGUUCCUCCUCCAGCACGCCCAGCAUACUCAUGGAAUCCGUAUCUACCUGGACAACCACCUGGCCAACUGCUCGCUCACCCCUCGCAUGGCCCUGCCGCCCCCGCCGGGUGCCGACGCCCUCCCCCGCUCGCCGCUGCCCACCUUCUUGGGCGACGCCAACAACCCCUUCCACCUCCUGCGCAUGGCCGCGCCCUUGCUCAGGGAACACCCGCCGCCGCCGGGCUUCAUGGAGACCCGGCUGCCGGCCACGCCGCCCUUUGUGAGCCCGCCGCCCCCUCCCAGGCCCCCGCUGGAGCGGCUGGGUCCGGAGGAGAUGGGGCUGCUCUCCCAGCACCCCAGUGCCUUCGAGAGGGUGAUGCGCCUGACCCCCAUGGAGCCCCCGUCCAUGGACUUUUCCCGGCGUCUGAGGGAGCUGGCAGGUAACACCAACAACAACGGAGGGCCCACGCCACCCUUGUCGCCCAACCGGGUGCCACCCAUGCACCGCCUGCUUAGUCCCACGCUCUUCCAGCCGGGCUCCAAGCCACCGGCCUUUCUCACCUAUGCCCCGCAGCCGCCCACCCCCCAGGGUGCGCAUGGUUCCUCCAGUCCUCCUGACACCCAGGGUCAGAACCAGUCAGCGGGGAAAUCCAAAUCCUGCGAGUUCUGUGGCAAGAUCUUCAAGUUUCAGAGCAACCUGAUCGUGCACCGCCGCAGCCACACCGGAGAGAGGCCGUACAAGUGCCACCUGUGCGACCACGCCUGCUCCCAAGCCAGCAAGCUCAAGAGGCACAUGAAGACACACAUGCACAACAAGUCCGGCUCCAUGGGCGGCUCCCCCGAGGCGGAAAACCGAGGAGAGGGCGCAGAAGGUGAAGACAAGCUCAGGGAGGCCGAGGGAAGAGCCAUGGGGAUGGACAACGAGGAGGAGGAGGAAGAGGAGGAGGAGGAAGAGGAGGAAGAAGAGGAGGAGGAAGAGCUCAGGAACGGAGGUCGGCCAGAUUCCAACCUAAGCGAGGACUCCCGAGAGUUCAACCACAACCGGGAGAAUGGGCCCAGGCAGAGUCCCAAGGAGAAGCACUUGGGAGGGGAGCGGGUGGGCGAGAGCGGCGGGGUAGGCAUCAUGCACCCUUACAACCAUCUUGACAAUCAUCUCAGACUGAACCCCAACAAAAGGAGCCUCGAGAGGCAGCCCAACGGGGACGGCACCAACGGGGGGCCCGACCCGGACCGAGAGCGGCAGACCGACAGGGAGCAGGUCAUCAGGGAGCCGGACGAGCCCGACCCCAGGCCCGCGAUGAACGGCAGGAUCGGCGCGUCAGAGGCGGAAUCCUUCCCGGGGCUCUUCCAACGCCGGCCCACGCCCAUCACCAGCCUGAGCCCGUCCAACAACAACAAGAGGAUCAAGAUCGAGCGGGAACAGCUGGAACUCCCGCCCACACUCCCGCUGAUCUCGCCGGAGAACGUCUACUCGCAGCUCCUCGCCGGGUACGCCGCCUCGCGCCACUUCAUCCGGGAACCCUUCCUGGGCUUCACGGACUCGCGUCAGUCGCCCUUCGCCACCUCUUCGGAGCACUCCUCCUCCGAGACGGGCAGCCUGCGCUUCUCCACGCCGCCGGGGGAGCUGAUGGAGGGCGGCAGCGCCUCGGGGCGGAGCGGCAGCAGUACGCCGCACCUCAUGCGCGGGCCGGGGCCCGGCCGGCCGCCCAGCUCCAAGGACCGCCGCAACGAUACGUGCGAGUACUGCGGCAAGGUGUUCAAGAACUGCAGCAACCUGACGGUGCACCGGCGCAGCCACACGGGCGAGAGGCCCUACAAGUGCGACCUGUGUAGCUACGCCUGCGCCCAGAGCUCCAAGCUCACGCGCCACAUGAAGACGCACGGCCAGUUCGGCAAGGAGGUGUACCGCUGCGACAUCUGCCACAUGCCCUUCAGCGUCUACAGCACGCUGGAGAAACACAUGAAGAAGUGGCACGGCGAACACUUGAUGGCCAGCGAGGUCAAACUGGAGCAAGCCGAGCGAAGCUAAGCAUCUCACACACACGCCCACGAACGUACCCGCAACUCAUCUUCCCUAUUAUCUGCAAAAGUUAAAUGGAGGAGAAUGGACUCUGGUUGCUUGUUUUUAGACACUUCACCUUUAAUCCAAAAAAAUAAAAAAAAAUAAAAAAGUCUUCGAUUGCAAAUACGAGAUCUGGAAGCAGGUCAUUGCCCCUCCCACCUCCACCUCCUCCUCCUCCUCCUCUGUUACACAGCAGGUCAAAUUGGCCCGCUUUAAAUAGUCAGUUGUUGUCAUUUUACGGUACAAAAUAUUUGUUCGGCUGAAAAAGUUGAAGAUUACAUAUUUGCAAUGAAAUGGCAAGGUAGUCAUUUUAGUUUCAGCCACUUUUUGGGAGAUUUACACAUGUCAAAUUGACCCAGCGUGGAGUCCCCACACCUAAAAUUUCGGACUCCAGAAGCUUUUUUGGAUUCAAAAGGUGAAAUGUCUCGAUCCAGUCGCCUCGAUUCAACUUUUGUGGACCCGGAUGACUGAGAAUCUACACGGACAUCUUUCCUAUGACUACUCGGAACAAGGGGCAUGGCUGGAUAAUCUCUCUUUACAUAAAAACAAAACAAAACAAAAACAAAAACAAGACUGAUUGGUGUGUUUGUUUGUUUGUUUUUUUAAAUUUCCCUCGUCGCCUGAGAAUAUUAAAACUUUAAACCUUGUCUGGAGCCGUUUGAGGAUUUUAGGAAUUCCAUGGAGCCUUUCUACUGUGCAAUAAUUUCUGUAUUUAUUGGAUUACUUUUGUUCUUUUCUAGGUAAUAUUUGGCAUGUGCAGAUACAUCUUUGUGGGGUUUUUGUUCAAAUGUGCUCAAAUUUGAUUCUUUUUGAUUUAAAAAAAAAAAAAAGAAGAAGAAGAAGAAUUGGAAAGAAGUCACCCUUAAAAAAUGAUGAUAAUUCAGUUCUCUCCUCCAAGGAAGCUUAUUAUUAUCACGUGAGUGAGUCAAUGAUGUUUUCUCUUUGCAAAGCGCGGCGGCGGCCUACAAUCCAGCCCCCCUUCCUCUCCAUUACUGCCCAAUGUCUGCCUGACAAUAAUUGAAUUUAUUUUUUAAAAAUGAAUUUUUAGAGGGGAAAUCUGCGCUUGAAAAUAUACAAAUACAGUUGCUGUAUUGCUGUCGGCCAGGACGUUAAAACAAAUGGGGGGAAAAAAAAAAAAAAAGAAAAAAAAAAAAAAGGUUGCACUUAAUGCAUUUGCCCAUGUAGGAUUGAACCACCAUAUUUAAUAUGUCCAAUUGUUAAGUUAAGACUACUUGUAAUUCGUGUGAGAAGGGAACACUCCCAUUUGUGUAAAUAUAUUACUUUUUUUUUUGGUAGGUUUUUAAAAAAAAAACAACGACAAAAAAAACUAUAUAUAUACGCGCCCUGACUGUUUUCUGAAAGAGGCGGCCUAAAAACAAUCAAGAAGACCAGCUGCUUGCGUUGUCAUCUCAUGCGCCUGUGUGUGUGUGUGUGUGUGUAUAUAAAAAUGUUUUAUUGCCUCAGGCCCCUCCCACCUACUCCUCAUCAACCCUUCUGUUACAUUGUAGGGCAAAUAAAUUGAUCCAUUUUCAAGAAUCGAAUGCAGCUCGUUUGGAAUGAACCAUCUUCUGCUCGGUUGAAAAAUUGAAUUUCACGUAUUUGCAAAGAAAUGCGUUGUAAAGGGGCGAAGAUUUUUGUUUGUUCUGGACACUAUUUGGAUAGAUCGUAUCCCGAGUCUAACUGAACCGUUUUUGGGGCAUAAAACAUUCUCUGCUUGCUUUGGCAAGUGUCAUCAACACACACACAAUGAUUAUAUGCAGAUUGCAAUUACAUAUAUUGUCAUGGUUUUGCGAAGAAAAUUGCUCAACUCACACAUGAAAUUCAAUUUUUCGUCAUGGAGUUGGUCCAUUUUUUUUUUUUUUUUUUUUUACUCGUUUUGGAUAAAUAAACAUCUGGUUGGCCUCACAAGUUCUGAGGGCCUGGGUUCAAUCCCAGACCCGCCUGUGUGGAGUUUUCUCCAGGUGGGCGCUCCGCUUUCCUCCCACAUCCCAAAAACACGCAACAUUAAUUGGACACUCUAAAUUGCCCCGAGGUGCGAUUGCGAGUGCGUCCGUUUGGCCCGAUGUGCCCUGCGAUUGGCCGGCGACCGGUUCAGGGUGUACCCCGCCUCCUGCCCGUUGACAGCUGGGAUAGGCUCCAGCACUCCCCGCGGACCCUCCUGAGGAUAAGCGGCAAAGAAAAUGGAUGGAUGGUUGGAUAAAUAAACAUGGUCCAGUUCAAAAUGACCUACUUUAAAUACUUUUCUGGUUUCAAACUUUUUUCUGCUCGACUUAAUAAACAUACAUACCGACAAUAAUUAGUUUCACGCAUUUCUAUUUUGUAUUUAUUUUUGUGCCUCUGACACUUUUGGGGAUAUUUACACAACAACAACACCAAGUCAAAUUGACUCAAUUUAAACAGCUCGAAAAUUGUUUUCACCCGACAAUAAUUUGAUGACAUUUGCACAAGCCCCGGGUCAAACUGAAUCAAUAUUUUUUUUUUCUGUUGCUCACAAUCUAAUGUAAUGGGAGGGUUAAAAAAAAAAAAAAAGAAGCCAUUCAGCAUAAAAAUGAACAGGGAGGCAUCAAAAUAGCCACAAAAUAAUAAAAGAUCGAAUAUGAGUUAUGAUAAUGUUGAGCACAUCUGGCCGCGUGACCUUGAAGGAGGCAACCCCCGCAACCCCCCCAAACUCCCCGACUUGUCAAAAUGAAAGGCGGGCGGAUGAAGAUGUGUGAGCGCGAUUGGCGGCGGGACCUUGACCAGGCACACAAGAGUCAUUCAAAUCAAAUUGGAAGCAUAUGAAAUGUGUUUCUUUUUUUGGGGGGGAGGGGGGGGGGACUGGCAGCAUCUUCCUUUUGGGAGGGAGGAAAGACAGGGAAGACCACAUGAAAGCAGCAGACGCCAUAUUUCAAAAAAAAAAAAAAUAAAUCAAAUAAAUAAAUGUCCUCGUCGUCAUGUGCAUUCCAACCAGAGGGGGCCGUGGGGGGGGGGGGGGGGGUUAUCCCCUGAAUUCUGAUCAGGUUCUGACAUGAAUCACACGACAUGUUUACAAAAAUACGCCAUCCGUGAAAUGUACUUACAAAUAAGUAAUAUUUCCUCCCUUUUGAACACCAUCGGCAGUUUUGCGUUCUGGUGGAGGGAUUUUAAAGUUACACAAUCAUGUCAGAGUGAGGUGGCAACUUGUUUUGUUUUAAGGGAAGAAGAAGAGAAAAAAAAAAUAAUCUGAAAAAAGACGACUUGCAGGGACACUUUUACACUUGAGACAUUUUUGGUUUUUAUGUGCGUGUGUGUGUCCUCAUGGUUGCUUGAAGGUCUUGUGAUGACAAAAAAAAAAAAAAAAAAAAACGAAAAAAAAAACAAAACAAGAGACCCCGAUUUCACUUUUCACAACUUUCACUUUGGCUCUUUGUACAAAAAUACUUUUUUUCUUGUUGCUUUUUAUUUCCGGCGGGAACGAGGGAGAGGGAGGGCGGGGAAGGGAGGGGUUAGCGGGAGUGCAUUGUUGUGAAGACAAAAAACAAAAAAAAAAACAAACAAAAAAAAAAAAAGUCAUCUCAGAACACCUGCUGUUUUGAGCAUAUAUGUAUUUUUGUAAUGUGUUGAAAAAUCAAUACAAGAAAGCCAACACUUCAAUAAAUGUUGCAAUUGCUCUAUGAUUGAACACGCUCCGCAUUGGCUGUCAUUUCUUCUUUUUGUUGUUGUUGUUAUUAUGCCGCCGAGAUCGAAUCGGUUCCCACGGCAACGCCC